AUGUCUGGCCAUGCAGGAAGAUGUGGGGAGGACCUCACAGGAAAUAUAUUCUUCUACAACAUCCCAUUACCCAAGACAGAAUGGCUUCUGAGAUCAAAUGUGUCUAAACUGAAGGGCCAGUUUCCUCUAAGCCUUUCCUUGGUUCUCAGACGCAUGCUGUUAGUUGCCAAGGCAGAUGAUAAGGAUGAUGCCAAAGCCAAGGCAUUGUCAGUUCUCCAAUGUUCACUAAUGUCCUUCAAGCAACCAAAUAUCAAGUGCAUGUUGAAAUUUUAUUUUAUAUAUUCUUUGCAAUUCUUGGUCACAGAGGUUAGCUUGUUGGAACUGGUUUCCAGGGAUCAAGAGUACCUUACCACUGGAUAUUCUGGGCUUGUCCCCCAUUUACAUUACCAUGAACCCUCCAAGUUUGUUUUAGUGAGCUUGCUGGUGAAAGGUUUAUUUCACAAGUUGUGUGUUCCAGCCGACAACAAAGGCCAAAAGACAUUUUCUGAAGACAUAAUGGAAACUUUAAUUUUUUUUCAUUCAGUGGUAGUUCUGAAGGGCCUGCCUGAAGACUUUGCCUCCGAGGUAGAGGAACGCAAUGACAGCGUCCAGAAGAACGCUGUUUCCUUCCUCCUGACAAUUUCUAAGCUGGCUGACACGAGAAAAGAUUGCCAGCGACCUCUCUCAGAGAUUGAUGACACCACCCUUAUGGCAGAAAGUGAAGAACUAAACAGCCUCUUGAUGAAGGGUUAUGUACUGAACUUCUACAAACACGGCUCACUGCCUGCCCUGACUGAGGAUAACUGGUUAAACAUGGGUGAUGGGUUUCAGUUCAUCGGAGGCCUCGCGCUGGUCACUUGGGCCAUCGGGACCUCAGUGAGUGAGUUAUGUGAAGACGAGGACAGCUGUGUUGUGCUGGCAUUUAAACAACUAGGUGACGCUUUCAACGGAAAACUUGGGAGAAAAGAAAGGCCCUGA